AUGUCAAAACAUCUAGUUCGCUUAUUAUUUUCACACAUAUUUUUUGAGUUUUAACUAUUUUAAUUAAGAAAACGGAGGUAAAAGAGUUUUAAAAUGUCGCAAACUCCAUUGCAACCAAAUUACACAAAAGUAUUCAUACAGAGAGAUUAUUCAGAAGGAUGUUCUGUGCAAUUCCAAAAUAGAUUUCCACAAGAAUUGGAAGGAAGAAUCGAUAGAGCUAGUUUUGAGCGAACAAUUGCUAAAAUUAACGAAUAUUUUAUAGAAGCUGAGAAAGGAAACUGCAGUACAUUCUGUGAAGGAUUUUGUGCUUGUUUUUCAGCAUAUUUAAUUUACUUAUUCACAGAAACACAUUAUGAGAAGUGUUUGAGGAAAGUUUCAGCAUAUAUUUCAAUGCAGAAUGAACUUGUUUAUAAUCCAAAGGGACUUAACUUAACUGAUCCUGUUAAUCGUGGACUUCGAGUUAUUGAAAUAAGUAGUUCGUUAAAUGAUCGAUUAUCAACAUGACAUGUCUUCUCGCAUUCAACUGAGGAAUUUUUCAUAGUAAUGCAACGUAAUAAUAUUGUAUUUAUUAUAAUUGAUGUGGUUGGAAAGUUGAUUGAAAAAUGAGCUUGUUUGUAAUUAUAUGAAUCAUCAAAUCAGAAUUGCUGGUAUCCAGUUAAAUGGAUCACAUUCGAGUCUUUGUAUGUUAUCAAAAUAAAUACAUCAAAAAAAUUAAUAAUGAUGACAAAGACGAUAAGAGGAAGAUAACAAUCGUGCAACAUCCAAAAAACGACCAUGCAUGUAUAACAAAAACCUGAGUUAAUGGUCUUUCAGACUAAUCGCACUUACCCAGAAAAGGUAUUAAAGUGAGAGCUGUGGACAUUUUCAUCAUCUUAUCAAAUAUGAUUUGAUUAGAUUUAAUCCUCUUAUAAGUCUGAAUAUUACAAGAUUCAGUUCCUUUUUCAGUCAGCUACAUCCACAAUCUUAUUAAGAAAAUUUAAAAAUUUAAUUAGGGUAAACCAUGUUGAAAUUUGUGCAAUGUUGAAAUUUGUGCGCUCAAAUUAAAUGCAAAUCAUCAUCAAUAAGCCAUUUAUGCUAAACAUUUGUAUGCAGUUCUAUGUAAAAUAGAUGUCCAAAUGUUUCUACCUCAUUUAAGUUGGUCUUGAAACCUUAGGCAGCUCUAAAUUUGAAAAAAUCAAAUUAAUAAAUACAAAAAUGAGCAAGUGCGCAGUCUUUAAUUGUGAAAACAAACGAAAGGAUGGAAAAGCAUUAUUUCGAAUGCCUUU